AUGUUUGGGUCGGCCAUUGAUGGCAAUGACACCCUGGAUGACGUUGAUAAGUUCAACUACCUAAAGUCCUUGGUAGUGGGAGAGGCACGAGAGGCAAUUGCAGGAUUUGCCCUGACAGGAGCCAACUACAGGGCUGCAGUUGACGUCCUCAAGCAACGAUUCGGCAACGUCCAGGUCAUUGUCGCCAGCCACAUGGAGGGCCUCUUGAAUGUUGCUUCUGUCACCAGCGAGGAUGAUGCAACUGGCCUCAGGAAGCUAUACACCACCGUUGAGACACACAUUCGUAGUUUACAGUCCCUCGGGAUGAGUCGCGAGUCUUAUGGAUCCCUGUUGACGUCUGUUCUGAUGUCCCGAUUACCGGCAGAGUUCCAGCUCAUUGUCAGCCGCAAGAUUGCCGGGACUGAGCAGCAUUGGGAGAUCAGUGAGCUGCUAUCGGCUGUCCAUCUGGAGCUGUGUGCCAGGGAGCGAGCGGCACCGGCAGCUAAGCCAACCAUCCCGAUAGCCCAACCCAGAAAUUCCGCACCAGCCACAACGUCAACACUCUACACUGGUGCGCCUGAGCAACUGAAGUGCUUCUUUUGCAAUGAUAGUCACACUGCCGGGAGAUGCGUAACAGUGACGAAUGUUGCCACCCGUAGACAGAUCUUGAGGAAGCAAGGCAGGUGCUUCCGAUGCCCCAAACGCAAUCACAUGGCAAAGACCUGUCCGAAUGCAUACUCUUGUGUCAAGUGUGGUGGGAGCCACAACGUAGCCAUAUGUAGUGGCGAGAGGCAGCAGAAGGCAGAGAUGAACAUGCAGGCUGUUGCUGCGAAUGCUUCCGUGGACCCUCGCAGACAGGAAUCGGUAUUGCUACAGACCGCCAAGGCCGUGGCAUAUAAUGUCACACAGUCCGAUCACAGCGCCGCUAUCCGACUGUUGAUGGACGGCGGCAGCCAACGCACGUAUGUUACGAGCGCUCUCCGUGACGCUUUGCAACUGCCGGUCCUGGAUCAAUGUAAGGUCACUAUCAAGGCGUUCGGCCAGGACAACACAACGUCCCAAGUAGUUGAUGUAGUUCAACUUGGAAUCCGAGUCCCCGACGGCGAGGACAUCACGGUACAAGCCUAUGCUGUGCCGCUAUUGUGUGACCCGAUUACUGGCCAAUCCAUGCACACGUCAGUGGAGUGCUGUAGUCACCUCGAUGGAUUGGCGCUAGCCGACACCAGAUAUGACACAGAUACUCGAUCAGUGGAUCUGCUAAUCGGCGCGGACCUCUACUGGACUAUUGCAACGGGUAACAUCAUCUGA